UCUUUGCGUGUUACACACUAGAACGUUCUUUAGUAAAAUUUUACAGCUUAUUUGAAAAAUGACCUGGUUUUCAUGGAUUCGUUUAUAAAAUCAGAAUUAAGCACAUUUGUUACAGUUUGAUAAAAAGUAAAUAUUGAAAUGACGAAUAGCACAAAAAAAUAUGACGGACUCUCACCAAUAAUGUCGUUGAUAUACAGUUUAAGAAUAUUUUUAUUCGCACUAGUGUUACUCGAAAUAGAUCUAAGUCAUAGCUUUAAUGUUAAAAUUCAAGAUAUGUUGACAGAUGAUGAAUACUUGAAAAUAUUCCACACCGAUCGAAGUGAAGUUCCAGAUCAUGAAUUCAUUCGAGUGAAUUCUUCUCCGGUUGUCCAACUAAGAGAAAGAUUAUCAUCUCAAAAUCGUAUUUUAUCUUUUACGGCGUUUGGUCGAAGGUAUGACUUACAACUUCAACUACGAGAUAAUGUUCUCAUAGGAAAAAAUACGCCUAUUUGGCAUGCUGACAUUGAUCCUGAAAAUUCUUCACACAUUAUUUAUACUCAACUGCCAAAUGUUUUGGAUGAUAUAAGUGGAAUUUAUCAAGACUUGGACAACAUGGUUUCUUUAUUAGAAUCCUCUUCUAAUGUCAGCGAUGAUGUAUUUUACGAUGGAAUUAUAUCUAGCGAUGUCGCUAUUAGUCCGUUGCCUCAGCGAUUGAUCGGUAUAAUUUCUAAUAUCAGUGAUGAUAAUGCUAUGAUAAAAGAUCAUGUAGUUUAUAAAAUCAAAUUUGAAAAUUUAACAUCCGAUGAACAUUAUUCAGCUUCUGAAAUUGAGAGAAAAUAUGAUUCACAUUCAAUACGACAACAUCCUCUGGAUACUUUUUACCCUGAAGUAUUGGUUGUAAUUGAUGCUUCAAUGUAUAAGCAUUUUGGCAAAAAACCCCAUUUCGCUCUGAAUUAUUUAGUACCAUUUUGGAAUGCUGUGGAUUUACGGUACAAACUUUUAAAUUCACCUGAAGUCAAAUUAAAUAUAGCUGGAGUUAUUUUGUCACAGGAUGAAAAGGCAUUAGCUUUUUUACACUCAAAUAUGGAUGAAAACGGGCGAAUACAUGCUAAAAAAGCUUUAUUGGACGCAGGACAGUUUUAUUAUUCAGAUACUUCCCUUGUUUCAAGAGAUGUAGUAGUUAUUAUGACCAAGCACGAUAUUUGUAGUGUAAAGUAUGCUAAUUAUUGCAAGUCAUCGGCUAUAGGCAAAGCCUUUACCGGUAAAGCAUGCUCAAAAAAGAAGAAUACAGCUAUUCUUGAGGAUAAUGGUGGAUACGGUGGGAUUAUAACUGCCACUCAUGAGAUAGGACACUUAUUGGGGUUACCGCAUGAUGGAGAAGAUGAAGCUGCUGAAUGUUCUAUCCAAGAUGGGUAUAUCAUGGCGAGUGCAAAAUAUCGUUCAGUCAAUAGUUUAUGUUGGUCGUCGUGCAGUAAAAAAAUUUUGGAACGAUUUUCUAGUUUAACAGCUUCAAAUUGCUUAGAAAAUAAACCAAAGAAUUUAGGUGAUUCUAUUAAGCAAACUUUGCCAGGAAGAGUACUUACGCUCGAAGAACAAUGUUUGGCUAGAGGCGGAAAACCUUGUGUCUUUAAUGCAACGGUUUGUUGGAAAUUAUAUUGUACUAAGUCAAUGUUAAAUAAAAAAUGUAUUGGAAAAGCUCCGGCUGCUGAAGGAACAACGUGUGGAGAUGGUUUGUAUUGUCGAAAUGGAGAUUGUAUUGCUGACGCCUAAAUGACAUUCAACACAACCCUCUUUUGGAAGACACUUGCAAGAAUGAACGAG